AUGAACAGCUUGGCACGCCUGAUCAAGGAAUGCGGCGCUUGCCAGGAUCUCCGCCAGGCGCAUUGGAUCCAAGCCCAGAUCCAGCGCGUGAAGAAGCAGCGCGAUAGAACCCUCCUCCUCAAUCACCUCAUCGAGCUCUAUGGGAAAUGCGGGAGCGUGGACGAUGCCCUCGCCGUGUUCCAGACGAUCGAGAAACCUAACGUCUUCUCCUGGAACAUUGUGGCGGCGGCAUUUGCCCAGAACGGCGAUCUUGCGCGCGCGAGGGAGGUUUUCAAUCGAAUGCCCGAGAGGAGCGUCGUGUCGUGGUCGCAGAUCACGAAUCUCUACGCUCAAAGCGGGGAUUUGGAUGAGACUUGGAGAUUGUUUCUUGCGAUGCCGGAUAGAACAGUCACGUCUUGGACUGCGCUCGUUGCGAUGUAUGCCCAGAACGGGUAUUUUGGAAUGGCGAAAGAAGUGUUCUAUAGGAUGCCCGAGAGGAACACCCUUGCUUGGAACGCGAUGAUCCAAGGACUGUCGCUCAAAGGCGAUGUUCUUGGCGCCAAGGAAGUGUUUGAUGCAAUGCCCGAGAGAGAUCUUGUGGCUUGGACAACGAUCGUCACAAGCUAUGCCCAAAACGGGCAUUUUCGCGAGGCGAUCCAUCUCUUCUCGCACAUGCCCGAGCGCGAUCUCGUCCCCUGGAACGCCCUCAUCACCGCGCUGGCGCAAGGCGGAAGGCCCGACGAUGCAAUCACGCUCUUCCAAUUGAUCCCGGUCAAGAACAUCACCGCGUGGAGUGCGAUCGUGGGAGCGAUCGCCCACAGCGGCGACGUCGAGGGCGCCAAGCUCGCCUUCUCCGCCAUGCCCACCCGAGAUCUCGCCGCCUGGAACAUCCUCGUCCAGGGAUUCAUCGCCACCAGCGCGAUUGAGGCGGCCAUGGAGGUGUUCUCACGGAUGCCGCAGCGCGACACCGUGCUCGCCACCGCCAUCGUCGCGAUCAACGCCGAGAAUGGCCUCCUCGACAAGGCGACGCGCGCAUUCGAGGCGAUGCCCCAGCGCAACGUCGUCUCGUGGACGAUCCUGGCGGUGGGCGCCGCGCAAAUCGGCCGCGCUGCGACGGCGCGCGAGAUCUUCGCCAGAAUCCCUUGCUGGGACGCCGUGAUCUGGACCGCGAUGCUGGGCGCUCUCGCCCGAGGAGGCAAUCUCCACGAAUCGGAGCUCCUCUUCCACAGGAUGCCCGAGCGCGACGCAGUGCCACGCCGGGCGCGCGAUCGACCGGGGAUUCCACUACUUCGCGAUGAUGAUCGCCGAGCAUGGGAUCGCUCCCCUCGCGGAUCACUUCCAGUGCCUGAUCGAUGGGCUGUGCCGAUCGACCCACCUCGCGCGAGCGUACGAGCUUCUCACCACCAUGCCGCACCGAGCGGAUAUGGUGUCGUGGACGAUCUUCCUGGCGGCGUGCCGCGUCUAUGGGGAGACCGAUUUGGCGGCGCUGGCGGCGCGCUGCGCGGUGGAGCUCUCCCCGGAGGAAUCCUCGUCUUACGUGCUUCUCUUCAACACCUACAUCGAUUCGAUCGAUCGCGUGGGCGAUCGAUUCGAGCCCAUCGAUCUUCUGGAGGAGCUUAG